AUGAUCGACAAAGCCAGCAAGCUCUUGCAAAAGGAAUGGCAAGCGUAUGAACUCAGGAUGCUGGAUAGGGCACAUGGCCGUAGCAAGUCGCCAAGGGCAGAAUACCAGCGACCCUUCACCAAGGCUUAUACUUCGACAUCAAGUAAACGAGGCCGUGAUCCCAUACCGAGUGCAUCGAGGCUUGGGGUAUCAGGAGUGGUAGCCUUGGAAUCGGCUGAUGAAGCAUUUCCAAGCAUCGAGAAUGAUGCAUCUUUCGACUUUGAACCGAUGCCAAAUAAGAGCCAAGGACCUUCUCGCACUCACAGUCACGACGGAGGUUAUCACCAAUGGUCCGACCUACCCGAAAACAUUCGGCUCUGUAUCAUGAAGUUGAUGAGCGAACAUGUCGGUGCCAUUUGGGAAGCCCAAAGACUGUUAAUGCUCGACUUUGCUGAAAUUCAAGAUUUUGAGAACCUGUACAUUCGAGAGCGAAACAGGUGCCUCGGAUAUACCGAAGCCGUCAUAAAAGGCCUCAAGAGCAAGGAGGCACUUGUCGAAACUCUCAGGCGUGCUGGAAGGGAGGCCUCUGCCGAUAUCGAGCUGCUGCGGCCAGAGGAAUACGAGGAACAAAGUCUGGUGAUUGACCAGGUCACGUCGGAGGAGGUGAUUGCUGGGAAAUCAUUCCUUCAGAACAUCGGCCUGUCUGACUUUGGUGUCAUGCUCGAGAGGUUCGAAGGCGUUUCGACAGGACCAAUGUUCGAGAUCGAAUUUCGACUGUCGGGAGAAGUCGGGAUUCAGCCGUUCCAGUUCGAGCUGGACUGGAACUUGGCUGUGGAAGAGGGCCUCAUAUGCACUAGGGCCAACAAUGAAGCCCGGCAGCAGCCUAUAUCCCAUGGUUGGAUGCAUUUGGAGCGGGGUCAUAAUGAGCUGAACCCUGGCGUGAAUCCUGUGCGCUUGCAUUACCCAAGCCCGCCAUUAAGCAAGUCCAUGAGUAUAGGGAAGGAUAUGGAGGGGAUGCCCCAUAACAACAGGCCAAGUGAACCAGUGGGAGGCAACUUGCAGCACAGACUUCACAAGAACGAGCCACGAGUUGGUUCAUUCAGCAGGCUGACGCCAUUCUCCCAUUCGAAUUCUGAUGAUGUGUCAAAAGGAACAGCAUUCAAGCGGUCUGAUGAGAGGGGAGGUGUGUUUAUGCAACAGUCAGCUGGUACCGCGGGAAGGGGCGAUGAAGAAGAAGCCGACGCUAUGCGAAAGCCCGGAAGUCAUAUCGAUGGCGCACUGAAUCCCCAAAACAAAAAGCACCCAGGCACGCCCAUCAUCACGAAUACUGCUCCUCAAGUCUCAAAACAGCAUCCAACCACGCCCACAAGAAUUGUCCUCAAAACCUCCGUCGGACUGGGCAAGCGUGGCACACCGGAGGAAUUAUCUAGUCCCCAGAAGAAGGCCCGCAUCACACAGGAACAUGGGGUCAAGCAUCCCAGGUCUGCUGGUAUUUACACUAAAGACCAGCAGCACAAAAACCAAGGCCAGCCGAAUUUUGCUGUCGAUGCAGCUAGACUCAAAAGAACUGCAGGGCUGGUAUCAAGCCUAACUAUCCAGAAGGGACUGCAAGCCUGA